AUUCCAAUGGGAGACGCAGACCAAACCGACGUUACAGGUCUUCUAAUUGAAUUAAUUCAAAAUUAUGAAUUUUUGUAUGAUCUCUCCCACAAAGAGUACAAAAACGCAAAAAAAAAGGAAGAUGCAUGGAAGGAGAUUUCAGAAAUAACCAGAUGCAGUGUGGAAGAUUGUAUGAAGCUGUGGAAGAACGUACGAGACCGGUUUACCCGAGAGAAAAGAUUAAAACCAUCUGGCUCAGGAGGAGGCGACACCAAUUGGGUGUACUCUGAAAAGAUGUCGUUUUACAGUAAAUGUACCCGGCCCAGAAAAACGCAUACUGCAACAGUCGCAGUGGUCCAUGACGGAUCUCCCUCUUCAUCCCGAACAUCGUCCCGAUCGUCAGGGUGGUCCGGGAUCGAGACAAUUUUAUCACCGCAAUCGGAGGGCGACAUUGAGGAGAUUAUGGAACAAACCAUUACUCCGGAAAGAGGAGCAGAAGCUAGUGGGACCUCGAGCCAUGCAUCUGAAACUCGACAAAGCCAAAAAGGCAGUAAAUCGAAACGAAGCCUGGAAUUCGAUGAGGUGAUAAAUACAGCGAAACAAAUUGCUAGUACUCUUCAGGUGAAGGCAGCUGCACCACCACCUGAACAAAACCGGACCUUUACAGAGUAUGUUUUUACUCGUUUAAUGGAGAUGCCUCCCGAAGAGGCCAAAGAAAAACGAAAAAAAAUGUUAAAAAUUUUAGAGGAUUUAGAUUAAUUUAUUAUUGGUGUAAAUAGGUAGAAUAGUAUAAAACAUAGUUUAAGCUUAAGAUUAAGAAUUUAUAAUAUUAGAUGUAGUACAAAAAGUAAAAAAAAAAUUAAAUAACUAACAAUAAAUUACUUAAGUAACA